AUUGGUGGUAUAAAGAUGGAUGCAGAGAGUCAAAUGAGGGAGGUAAAAUAUGCUGCUGAUAUUUCCUCUAUAAGGGAAGCAGAAGCACACAUCAAGCCAUUCAUACACCAAACUCCUGUCUUGUCCUCUGAAUCUUUGAAUGCUCUUGCAGGAAGGCAGCUGUUUUUCAAAUGUGAAUGUUUUCAAAAGGGUGGUGCUUUCAAAUUCAGAGGCGCUUGCAAUGCUGUAUUUUCACUUGAUGAUGAUCAGGCUGUUAAAGGGGUUGUAACACACAGCAGUGGUAACCAUGCUGCAGCAUUGUCUUCGGCUGCAAAACUACGCGGAAUCCCUGCAUAUAUAGUUAUACCAAAAAAUGCUCUGAAGUGCAAAGUUGAGAAUGUCAUUCGUUACGGUGGUCAGCUUAUCUGGAGUGAGCCCACAAUGCAAUCAAGGGAAAGUACUGCAGCCAAGGUGUUGCAAGAAACUGGGGCAGUUCUUCUACAUCCUUACAACGAUAGGCGCAUAAUAAGUGGACAGAGUACCAUAUCAUUGGAGUUUCUGGAGCACCAAGUUCCACAGUUAGACACUAUUAUAGUUCCCAUAAGUGGAGGUGGCUUGAUAUCAGGUGUGGCUUUGGCUGCCAAGGCCAUCAACCCUGCAAUUCGAGUUUUAGCUGCUGAGCCUGAGGGAGCCAACGAUGCAGCUCAAUCCAAAGCAGCUGGGAGGAUAAUAACAUUGUCUGAGACCAACACUGUAGCAUGGUGGUGGUGAGUUUCUCAUGAGUUGCUUCAUUGGAGGGUUGAUGACAGAGCUUCACCAGGACUUGUACUUGCUUCGUUUUGUUUCUAUUGAAGAAGCCUCUACGCCAACUCUAAAAUUGCUCAAGGCUAUGGUGAUACAGGACUUUAUCAAGAAUUGUUCAGUUGUCAUUUUCCUUGAUUCUGGUAGUUCAUGAAAUUUCAUUGAUUUGGCACUAUUCAAGUGGUUAGGGUCCAGGAUUAUGAUUGUGUCCACACUGUUUUUACUCUUCCAUUGGGGAAUUGCAUUCUUGAUUUUGACCUUGGCUACCUUCUGGGCAUACGUGACCAAAGUGGUGGAUUUGAAGUUGAUAAUGGGCAUACUGGAAAAGAAGAAAAUU